CUUUGCGGUAUUUUCAAAAUGUCUGCGCCCAGCGCGUCGUUAGCUCUUGAGCGAAUUCAUCGAGCAUUACAGUUACCAUUAUAUGAAAGAUGCAGAGAGCUUCAGUUUAUUCUGGAAGAGUGCAGUACCAAGGACCUUCAUGCGAUUCUACCAGUUCUCACAGAGAAUAUAUUUGGCUUCAGCAACACGCAAGGAUGGGGACUAAAGAGCAUAUCAUUGUCAUGGCAACCAUCAGAUUUCAAGAUGCUGAGGCACUUUCUAUCGCCACAAGGACCGAUGAUUAGAAUGGUCUACAGACUCCUUCUUGAGAACAUUUACAAGUUUGAGUUCCCACUGCAGUGCAUACCAUGGCCCUCCCGUAGGCUGGUGGAUGAGGGUGCAACACCUGUGCUAUAUAUAAACAAGCUGCAAUUCACCAACAGCGGACAACCAGCAGAAUUUCUCCUGCUCAAUGCAUUUGAGUAUUUUAUAUUUCAUCUGACCUACUACCUAGUGAAUCCACAGCAUCAGCGCAUCAAUUCAUACAAUUGGAACAACACUAACGAGACACUCUACAUAAUGCUGGUAGAAGACUACAUGAACUACUUCCUGCCUGCUGAAGGCAAUGGCCUUCCUCCCAUAAGUGCGCUCUCCAUGCAACAGCAGUUGGGAACCUCAAACACUCCCAGAACCUUCUUCAACAACUUUCACAUGAGCCCGUUUCGUGCGGCGGGAGGCAGCCGAGACAGCUCUCCCUUCUCCCUGCGCUCCUUCAUCAGCCACAGCCCACAAGCAAAGGCCACGCCCACUGGUCACAUGACUAAUGGAGAGCAGCAGACAGAGCUCUGGCGAUCCGAGACCUUUCUUCAGAUUGUGACGGAGGUGUGGCUGAACCAGAAUUCACUUGAUAUGAUGCACAGAAGACCCUUCUCUCCCACCUGUGUGACAGCAAACACACCAUAUUCUGCGAGCAUCAGUUACAGAAUGCACCCAGAGUUUAGUUGGUCGAGUUACUUACGUGACCCCAUGAUGACAGGCGAGAACUUUCUGCCGAGUCAAGAUCACGUGAAGGUUGUACGCAUGCUCGUAAAAUACCUGCACUACUUCUCUGGUAGUGGCAGACCGGACAUCACCUCCCCUGGCCACCACUGCCACGUGGGCAGCUGGAGCCACUUCAAAAAGUCAGCUGUUAAUCAGAUUGUGCAGAAGAAGCUGUAUUCAUUCCUGAAGCAUGCCUUCCUCCGGUGGCCUCUCGACUAUUCCUUCAGACUGGUGUUGGAGACGUGGCUCAGCUACAUACAGCCGUGGCGUUACCAGGGUGCUGGAGGCUCACCCACACAUGGCAAGGAGGGUGGAGGAGGAGACCGGACUGUCAACCAGCAAUGGCAGCUGUUCGUGACGGACAACCUACUGUACUUCACCGUGAUGUUCCAAGCGUUUCUGCCGCGUGUGUUCCGAACAGACCUCAGCUGCCCGAGGAAUGCCUACAUGCUGUUCCGGGUCACCAAGGUGUUCUCUCAGACCAACCUCAACAUUAUGAUCCAACAAGCGGAGGGAGCGUUGUGCGACGCCAGCCACAGCCUGCGACAUGGCGGAUACUCACCCGGUUACCUGGGCAGCCCUGUGGCGGCCGGACACGCCGGCACAGCCGCUGCACUGCGCAUGCAGUUCUCUGAACUCGAAGGUCACGGCUUCCAGUACCAGCCCCUGUUUUCGCCAGAGUGCAGCGACAUGAUACAACAGCUGCUGGAUAACAUUCAGCAGGCACGAGCUGCAAACGAACAAGCUGCUGUAGCCUAUCAGAAGUCACAGAACCAAUCGUGGCUCACGUGGCUUUUCUCCGACAACGGUUACUACGAUGACUUCUCUCCGAACGAGGCGAAGAGGACGGAUGUUCACUUGGCGCACGCCGCGGAACACCUCUGCACGAUGUUUAACGUUGAGAAUGACUCGGCACGACACAGGCGCGUGGCAUGGGGGUCGAGCACAGUGGAAAAUGCGCCAAGCACCCCAGGAAGAAGUGGCGCCCUCUAUCCCGACUGCAUUUAUGGCCAGCAGGGGGCGCAGUUGACGCCACUUGGUCGACAUCAGCUCAUGAACGGCCUGCGGAGAUUCGAUAUCACGUUCCGCGGCGAUCCAGACCUGCAGCCAAUCAGGAGCUUCGAGUGCGCGGCACUGGUCCGUCAGCUACAUAGGCUCGCCACCUCUAUCAACAGCAAGUACGGACUGGAGAUCGCGCGACUCUACGAGAGCGAGGAGUUCUCCGCCCGCGUCGCCAAGCAGUUCCUGCUGCCGCCGACGUCCGCCGCUACCCUGCAUCCGGGAUCUCCGCCGCCGCUGCAGGCCCUGCCCGCGCGCCUCAGCAUGCGCUACCUCGGCAGCUAUCGCAGCAUGGGGUAUGCGGGGGUGCUGGCGCUGGCAGCGUACGUGUGGGGACUCGGGCCCGUCACCUACGCCCUGCUGCUGGUCUUCCUCGCGCUCUGCUACGGAGUUGUCGGCGCCAUCGUCACGAGGUCGGUCACCAGGGCAAAACAGCAGUAAAGCGCCACCUGGUGCCAACAUAGCAAGGCCGGACACCAGGGCAAAACAGCAGUAAAGCGCCACCUGGUGCCAACAUAGCAAGGCCGGACACCAGGGCAGUACAGCAGUGAAUCGCCACCUGGUGGCACCAUAAUAAUGUUUGCCACCAGGGCAAAAUAGCAGUAAUUUACCACCAGGUACUAUUUAGUGAUAUCGUCAGC